UGCCAUGGCGAAGCGUCACUAUGACACCGGUAGCAGAAGGCGAGGCGCGGAUUCAGAGAUUUCACCAACUCCUUCAGUAAAGCACAGAUUCCUCUUCAAAAGCUACAAUCGCCUCUAUAAUCGACCUUAGGAGCUGUCAGUUUAAAGGACAUACGACUAAAACAACCGCUUUCGCCCUCUGUUUACCGAAUCGAAUACGGUUUUGCUAAUCGUUUGGCGUCGUCUCUACAGCAGAGCGUGUUGUGUGUUGUCGUAGUUGCACGAUAUAAUCCCAGCUAGCUCAUGUAACGUUAGCUGGCUAGCGAGUUUGUGAGCCGUUAACCGAGCCACAUUAUGAAGAAACUGACUGUCUAGAUAUGGAUACUUAGAAAGGCAAGAAACUGGGAGAGACAUGGACUUGCAUGAGGAUAAUCAGGAAUCCGAGCACAGCCGAUUGUCUCAUCAUAGUGACGGGAAGAUCUCUGAAUCUCCUUUUCGAUCUGGAAAACAGGAGAAAUACCGGAAAGACAACGAAAGCUUGGUUGAGGAUCAUGCACGAACCAGAAUGCGAAAGCCGGCCGGAGACCCAGACCGGGAUCGCUGUUCGGAUGGAGAGCGUAGCAGUCCCUCUUUCUACUCGGAUGAUUAUGAAAACGCCUCACACUCAGACCGGUCUCUCUCUCCGUCAGCCUCUCCGUCUCCACAAAGAAGAGGGAGGUCUAAGAGAGUGUCCAGCAGCCCCUUACAUCGAGCAGGUGUACGUAAAGGUGUGUCACGCCGUUUCCCACCCCACUCCCAUCAUCCUCAGCAGCGGUCAGGAGACAUCCGAUCCCAAACUUUGAGUAAAGAUGCUCCAUCUAAAGAAGUGGACCCGGUCACCAAACGCAUGCUGUCUGCCCGUCUGCUAAAGAUCAACGAAUUGAAGAAUGCAUUGUCUGAGCUGAGGCUGCAUGCAGAUGAGUUGCAGCGUGAGAACCGUUUAUUGCGACAGACGCAGCUGCGGCAAGAGAAAGCCCUGCAUCGCUACAAUGACACGGAGAGCGAGAUCUCGCAGCUGUUGUCUCGUCACAACAAUGAGACUCAUGUACUGCGUGAGAGGCUGAGACGCAGUCAAGAGAACCAGCGCACAGCUGAGCGCAGCCUCAGGGAAACGGACGCCCAACUCCAGCGUUGUCGCAGCCAGCUGCAGAAACUGCAGCAACUCGCAGAUGACCAGAAUCUUGGAGAAAGGGAGGAACUCUCACGAAAACUAACGUACACUCAAGGCAAAUUUCAAGAAAGUGAACGCAGAGUGAAGGAAUUGGAGAAGAACACCGAGCUGAGUAGUGGGAGCUUUCAGAGGCAGCUAGCUAAUGAGAGGAAGAGAACUCAUGAUGCACAACAGGAAGUUAAAGCACUAAAGGAGGAAGUGGAGAGGCUUUGCACUAAACUAAAGGAGAAAGAAAAGGAGCUGGAUUCUCGGAAUAUAUAUGCUAACAGGAUGCUGAAAGCUUCUUCCAGAAAAGAAGCUGAGAAUGGCAGCAAGCGCAAAGUCUCCAAUACAACCAGCACUAAGGCAGUACAGACAGAGGACAGGACAUCCUCACUGGACUUCCCAUCACCACCUCCAGCUGUUAACAACGAACUCCCACCUGACGACCGGACUGAUGAUUACCUCUCUCUGAAGCAGGACCAGCAAGGCAGGGAGCAGAGAUCAAGAGAAGCGAAAGAAUGGAAGAUUCAAGAGUUUUGGAGGGAAAGGGAGAAAGAAAGAGACAUGGAAUCUGAGAUGGUACCAACAAGGGAGAAGGAGAGAGAAGAAAAGGCAAUGCGUGACAGAAAUAGAGAAAUGGAGCUGCUGAAAGACCAGGAGAAGCAAAGACUAGAUCAACAGCAGAGCUCAAAUCAGAAGAAUUCAAAGGGAAACAGAGGCCUGGACCGAAAGGAAGAAGAUUGGAAGAGGAUUGACCUGUCUAUAUCUCAAAAGGAGGAAGAGAGCAGGAAGCAGCGUGAACUGGAAGAGGAACAACUUAAAGCAAGAAAUCUGGAGAUCCAGGCCGUCAGUCAAGAGAGUGCAGAAGAGGAACGUCAGCGCAAAGAGCAGCUACUGGCUAAGAUGCGUGAGAUCGAAAUGCAGACCCAAGGUCAGGACUCGGACUUCUUUUCCGAUGACACGGGAAGUGUCCGCUCUCCUCCACGGUUGUCUGAACAACGCAACCACAAUGGUAUUUUCAAAUCCACAGAACCAGAAGAAAGCACAAACACAUUGGCGAGUGGGAGAAGAGUGGGUGGUCUCCGAACACAUGGACCAAGUGAGGAUCUUGAUCUUGCUUUUGGCAGCUACGCCCCUUCUUUUGGUAAAUCUGCCCCCCGUGUUGGUUUAGGUGCACGCAAUGCAAACCAGCCACCUCGACCAAUAGAUGAAGGGCUGGAUCUGGGGAGCCUAGUUAAAGAAAGGAAGUCCAACCUCAUGCAGCAGCUUUUUGGUGCCUCUGCCACACCACCUCUUUCUGAUCCAUCCAGCAGGAUGGAGAUCCUAAGCCCCCCUCUAACAAGCCAGUUGACAUCAGGACCAGUGGGUGGACGCAGGAGGGACACAGACACACCAAAUGAACUAAACAUCAGUUCCCUCCCCAACAAUAGGAGCGCUCUGCAUGUCUCUGAGAGCCGACCUGCGGUCAGGGCCAUUGCAUCAUUUGAUGAUGACAUAGAAGAAGUCACACUCUGAAUAAGGAGCUUUUAUAGCCAACAAGAAAGAAUCCGUUUUUUGAAAACACAAGGAAAGAAUGUUCUGAGCUCCCUUAUGAAGUAAUAGCUGAUUAAACAAUGUUUAGUUUGCUAAUAUGCCUCUCUUUUCUAACACCUCCGGCAAAAUCACACAAAAAUACUUUUUCAGUGAUACUUUUUUCAUGGUUAGGUUUGCGCAGGGUCCAAUAUUAUUAACAUUCGGUGCACACUUAAGGCUGUAAAAGCACGGAAGGGACUGGACAAAUCUGUGGAUGAUCUACUGACAAUGCGCAAAUUAAAGAAAGAACACAGACGCAUUCAGAUCCAUAAUGACCAAAGUAAUCUACCAAGAGCUGCGGCAGUUAACAACUAUGGCUGCCAUGUCAAAUACAAAAUGGGUUAAUUGGUGGCAGUUAGUGGUAAACUGACUACCGCAAACCUUGAAGUAUCACACUGUGUGAUAUAUUUAAAUACUCCACUCGAUUAGGGGAUAGUAGGGCGAUUCCUACAAAUGGAUAUACUUUACAUUAGUUUUUUUUUUUUUUUAAACACCAACUGUAUGGCCCUAAAUGUAAAAAAAGGUCACCUGUAGGCAAGAAACUUUUAAGGAACCACAGUUUAGUUUUGUUCAAACUUUAAUAAUGAUAAUCUAACCCUUGUUGAUGUAAAAAAAAAAAAAAAAAGAGUGAUUCAUAUCAAGAAUGUACGACCCGUCAAAGAAGGACAACAUCCGUUGUGACUUGCACGUCGUCUAAACAACUUAUACCUCAGUGGAAAAUUAUGAAGUUUAUCAGAGAUGCUUAAAGGCAUUUAGGUGCUUAUUUUUUUGUCAAAAAUCUGACACAUAGUGACCUUGCUGAUUUUGGUGGCUAAACAUUUAGAAAAUAGUGAGGGCAAAAAAUCUGGUAUUUUGUUUAAUAAAAAUAAUUCAUAAAACACUUUCAUGCUGAGUAAGUAAUAUUUAAAGAUUAUAAAACUGUACAUUGCCCCCUUGAGUGGUGGGGGAGACCAGGUCAAUUUGGACUUUUCCUCUGUGUUCUGUUUUUACGGUUGAGAAACUCCCUUGCAUACCACAUGGAAGGAAUUUAGUUAAUGUUAAGUUAAUGUUGCAUUUGGAUUUCCUGAACAAUUUACAAGAACGUGAUCAUUCGAGCUAGAGGGUGAUAUGCAUUAGCUGAUAGUCUUGUGUAAGAUUCGGUUUAUGCUCUGCACUUUCAAUACUGAUAUGAGUGUGACAGAGCUUUGCCCUCUCAGAGAGCUACGCUGCGGCUCGGCUGACUCAGGCCUGGCCUGCGUCUUCUCCCACACAGCACUUUGUCUCUCUCCCCUUGUCUCAUUUUAGAUAAAUGUUAAAUGUAGAGUUUGUAGUUUAUAGAUGAAACAGUGAGACAAAUACCCAAAUUCUAUCUAUACAGGAAACCGAAAAUAUCAGAAUAUCUAACCAAGUGGCAUUUUCUCAAAUUAAACAAACUGGUCUCAAUUUGAGAUUUUGUUGUACUAUUUAACAUUUAUAAAGCUUAUUUUUCUAAAUUGAACUUGUGCUGUUAAUUGGCUCUUGGUUUGAUAUUUUAUUUAAUACAGUGAUUCUAUGUGUGGUACAUGUGCACAUAAUGUUUUUGCUUAUAUGCACGGUAUGAUCCUUUUUACAUUAACCAUUUAGUAACCAAAAAAAUUGGAAGUAAUUUGACUUGCACUUGAAUUCACAGCUAAUACAGCGUCUUUGUUUGCCUGCUUUCACAUAAUGAGUUUUCAAUUUUUAUAAAUGCGGGGUUAUCCCUGAGAAUUUGGUGGUUGUUUUACAUAUUUUGGUGUAAUUAGAAUAUGUUUUGCUUUAUACAAACUGUAGUAAUUUGGUAUUUAUUAAAGCAUUUCAGGGGUUUCUCAAGUACUAAGACAUCUGUUGUGAAAUUCUAGAAAUGAUGUGGUUGAUGUUGCUUAUUGUGACUUUUUAAUGAGGGAUGUCACAAUUUAUACAUGGACUUAAAGCCAAGUUAGAUUUACAUUUGGAAUCUAUUGUAAACACGAAUCAAAUACUUAACUAUGUUUCAUUUUCAAAAGACUCCCAGACUUUUCAUCUCAUGGCCAUCAUUACUAAAUUUUUUUAAAAGAACAAACUCCGGCAAUAAUCUCGUACUCACUGAUGAGUUUUAUUGUUCUGUCAAAAUUCUCACUGAGAACUGACUGAUGCUUUUAAUGGUGAUCCAUCAAUUAGUUUUCCAAAGCACUGCAGCAUGUUACUGUAGCGCUAAAAUUGUUCAUUGUGAAAGCAAAUAUUAUUUAUGAUAUUACAAUGGCUUGAGAUUGAUUUUGUGCUUGUUUUUUGUUUGUUAUCUGACUUUGUAUUGUAUAGUAGAUUUUGAAAUGGUGAUUCUUGAUGAUCAUUCAAAUACAGUUUUUAUGGUUAAA